UUCAGGUUUGUGACUGGAUCACCAAAAUGCACUUUCUAACUGCUGCCGAAGUCCGCCAAGCAUAUAUUGAUUUUUUCAAGGAGAAAAAUCAUAUUUAUGUACAUUCAUCUAGUACGAUUCCGUUGGAUGACCCAACGCUACUAUUUGCAAAUGCCGGCAUGAAUCAGUUCAAGCCCAUAUUCUUAGGAACCGCUGAUCCUAAUAGUGAUAUGUCCAAAUGGCUUCGUGUAGUCAAUAGCCAGAAAUGUAUUCGUGCUGGUGGUAAACAUAACGAUUUAGAUGAUGUUGGCAAAGAUGUAUACCAUCACACGUUCUUUGAAAUGCUGGGAAACUGGUCGUUUGGCGAUUACUUCAAGAAGGAAAUUUGUGCUUGGGCAUGGGAGUUUUUAACGGAACGUUUGGGUUUAGAUAAAGAUAGAUUGUAUGUGACUUACUUUGGUGGAGAUGAAGUAAGUGGUUUGGACCCCGACUUGGAAUGCAAGCAAAUGUGGUUGGACUUAGGCUUAAAGCCCGAACAUAUUAUACCAGGCAACAUGAAGGAUAACUUUUGGGAAAUGGGAGAGACUGGACCUUGCGGUCCUUGUUCUGAACUGCAUUAUGAUCGCAUAGGUGGUCGAAGUGUUCCCGAGCUUGUAAAUAUGGAUGAUCCUGAUGUAUUGGAAAUAUGGAAUUUAGUUUUCAUUCAAUUUAAUAGAGAACAAGAUGGAACAUUGAAACCACUGCCUAAGAAACAUAUUGACUGUGGUAUGGGUUUUGAACGUUUAGUUUCUGUCAUACAAAAUAAACGCUCAAAUUAUGACACCGACAUAUUUGUACCACUUUUUGAUGCUAUUCAAACCGGCACCGGAUGUGUUCCCUAUGGAGGCAAGGUUGGCGCAGAAGAUAGUACAGGGGUAGAUAUGGCAUAUCGAGUUUUGGCUGAUCAUGCAAGAACUCUUACUAUUGCUUUGGCCGAUGGAGGAGUACCCGACAAUUCGGGUCGGGGUUAUGUAUUACGUCGAAUUUUGCGUCGUGCUGUAAGAUAUGCUACAGAAAAAUUAAAUGCAAAACCGGGAUUCUUCGCAUCUCUUGUUUACACUGUCAUUGAUUUACUGGGUGAUGCCUUCCCUGAAGUUAAAAAGGAUCCUCAACACAUAGUUGAUAUCAUAAAUGAGGAAGAAACCCAAUUCUUAAAGACAUUAUCAAGGGGCAGGAACCUCUUUAAUAGGACCAUCGCCAAACUCGGAGAUGAGAAAGUUAUUCCGGGUGACGUCACUUGGCGUUUAUACGAUACAUAUGGAUUUCCUGUUGAUUUGACUCAACUAAUGGCUGAAGAGCGUGGUCUGCAAAUUGAUAUGGAAGGAUACGAAGCUGCGAAACACAAUUCGUAUAUUCUUUCUCAGGGCAAAGGCGUCAGUAAAGCUAAUGAAAUCAACCUCGACGUCCACGCAAUUUCUGAACUAAAAGACAAACAAAUACCGGUAACAGACGACAGUUUCAAAUAUGCAUAUGAAAGUGUGUCAGACGAUCCUCAAUCCGAAUACCAAUUUAGCCCAUGUACAGGAACAAUCGUUGCCAUAAGAUACAAUAAUGAGUUUGUGGAAACAGUAAAUUCUGGACAAAAGGUUGGAAUUGUUUUAGAUAAAACCAAUUUCUAUGCGGAAAGUGGCGGUCAAAUUUAUGACCAAGGUGUUUUAGUAAAACUUGAUGAAGAAGAAAACGAAUUUAUUGUCGACAGUGUGUACAACAGAGGUGGCUAUAUACUUCACAUCGGUACUGUUGAGGGACGACUUUCUGUGGGAGAUAAAUUAAAUCUACAAAUUGAUACAAUAAGACGAUCGCUGACUAUGAAAAAUCAUUCUGCAACGCAUGCUCUUAAUCACAGCCUGUUACAAGUGUUGGGCAAAGACACGGACCAGAAAGGGUCCUUAGUAGUGCCCGAAAAAUUGCGAUUUGAUUUUAGUAGCAAGUCAGCAUUGACUAUUGAACAGAUUGCUAACACGGAACAACUAACAAAAGAUCUUGUUUACAAAAACGUCCCCAUAUAUGCAAAAGAGUCAAAACUGCAAAUUGCCAAAACUAUUCGUGGUUUACGCUCCGUUUUUGAUGAAGUAUACCCAGAUCCAGUUAGAGUAAUAUCUUUUGGUGUUCCUGUUGAGGAAUUGGAGCAAAAUCCUGAUGGUGAUGCUGGUGAAAAAACGUCUGUUGAAUUUUGUGGAGGUACUCACUUGAAGCGAUCGGGCCACAUUGUGGACUUUGUAAUUAGCAGCGAGGAAGCUAUUUCAAAGGGCAUACGACGUAUUGUAGCUCUUACUGGACCCGAAGCAAUAAAAGCUAUCAAUAAGUCAAACUUAUUUCAAGCUGAAAUAGAAAAAAUUAACAAGGCUAUAGAAGAAGAUGCUAAUGGGCAAAACUCAAAAAAUAUUGUUAAACAAAUCGUGGAAAUAAAUGAAGAAAUUUCUCGCGCAAUAAUUCCGCACGUAAAGAAAGAUGAAAUGCGAAGCAAUCUUAAAAAUCUUAAGAAAAAAUUAGACGAUAAGGAACGCGCUCUGAAGAACCUAGUCGCAGUUCAAGUUGUGGAAAAAGCUAAAGAGUUGUGCACAUCAAAACCUAAUGCGUUGUUCUUCGUUGAACAAUUAGACGCUUAUAACAACACAAAGGCUCUGGACGCUGCCCUGAAGCAGGUGCGUUUGCUAAACCCCGACACUUCUGCUAUGUUCUUGUCAGUCGAUGUUGAUUCGAAGAAAAUAUUUUGUCUGUCUUCGGUACCCAAGUGUGCCGUCGAAAAAGGUUUGAAAGCAAAUGAGUGGGUACAGCAUAUUUCUAGCGUUCUUAAUGGCAAAGGCGGCGGUAAGCCUGAAUCCGCACAAGCAUCAGGGUCAAACUAUGAAAACGUCCACGAAAUAGUUAAACUUGCAGAAGAAUUCGCAAAGACCAAGCUUGAAGCUUAA